AUGAAACUACUUAUACUCCUCCUCUUUGCUGCAACGGCGGCUCACGCAUGGAGGGAGCUCUUCCAUCCACCAUUCCUGAAGGGUCUCAGCCGGACUGCUCGAGACGAGUACUAUAAGAUCCUUUUCAACAAGUCAUUGACAAUCGCUGAGCAGAAGGAGCAGAUCAUGGCCUGGGCAAAGAAAUACAACAUUCAGGGACCAGUACAGACUUUCUUCGAUAAGAAGGCGAAGUUCACGGAAGAAAUGAUGCAGAAUUUCACGGCUCUUGUCAAUGAGUUGCCAAAAGCUGUCGCAAACCUGACCAAAAUAAUGGAGAACAAAAACCAGACGUUUUUAGGAAUGAUGAAGGCCGUACACGAGUUGAAGGCCAAAAAUCCAGCGGUUUACAGAAUUCUGAAGUUUGCCAUGGAAGAGUCUAUGCAUGAGCAUGGUGCACACGACCAUCCUUUUGGUCUACCUGAUCCACCAUUUCCACCACAUGAUGGUCCUCUACCUUGGCACGGAACCUGGGGCCAGCCUUGGGAGAGGAAACUGGAACGGCGGCCUUCC